AUGUUUGCAAGAAACAGUUUAAACAUCCUAUCAAGAAGAGCUUUCUCCUCUAAAAAUGCUGCUCAACGCACAGUUUUGAAGUCAAGCUUCAUCUCUAUUAAACCUUUCUACUUAGCAUUGGGUUUAGUAGGUGCAAGUGCUGGUUACUUAUAUGUUAUGAACUCCAGAUCAGCAAUCCAUGAAUACGUCAUUUGUCCAGUUAUUAGAUUCAUCACUCCAGAUCCAGAAAACGGUCACACCAUUGGUAUGUUCUGUUUGAAAUGGGGUUUGGCUCCAAAAUUAUUCUUUGAUAAAGAUCCUGAAUCCUUACAUGUUAACGUAUUUGGUAAAACUUUGACUAACCCAUUGGGUUGUGCUGCUGGUUUAGAUAAAAAUGCAGUUGCCAUCGAUGGUAUCAUGCCAGCUGGUUUCUCCUAUUUAGAAGUUGGUACUGUUACUCCAUUGCCACAACCAGGUAACCCAAGACAAAGAAUGUUCAGAUUGCCUGAUGAUGAUGCAGUUAUUAACAGAUUUGGUUUCAAUUCCGAAGGUCAUGAAGCUGUCGCUAAGAACUUGACCAAACGUAUCAAAAGUCACUUGAACUCUUACUUUAAUGAUAAACAUUUUGAAACCCUAUCUUUGUACAAGAAUAAAAUGUUGGCUGUUAACAUUGGUAAAAAUAAGACCGGUGACGAAGUUCAAGAUUAUAUUAAAGGUGUUGAAAAAUUCCAAUCUUUAGCUGAUGUCUUGGUUAUUAAUGUCUCUUCUCCUAACACCCCAGGUUUACGUGAUUUACAAGAAGAAUCUAAAUUAACCAAUCUAUUGACUCAAGUUGUUGCCAAGAGAGAUUCUUUAGUUAACAGAGGUGACGCCUUAGGUGAAAAGACUCACAGACCACCAAUUUUAGUUAAGAUUGCUCCAGAUUUAACUGAACCUGAAUUCCAAUCAAUUGUUGAAUCCGCUAAAGCCUCUAAAAUUGACGGUAUCAUCGUUUCUAACACCACAAUUCAAAGACCAGACAGUUUAAAGACAAAGGAUAAGACAUUAGUAAAUCAAACUGGUGGUUUAUCUGGUAGACCAUUAAAGCCAUUUGCUCUCAGAGCCUUGAAAACUGUUGCCAAGUAUUCCAAGGAUUCUGACUUAGUUCUAGUCGGCUGUGGUGGUAUUUACACCGGUAAAGAUGCAAUUGAAUUUGCUAAAGCCGGUGCUACUUUUGUUCAAAUUUACACCUCUUACGGUUACUCUGGUCCAACUAUUGUUGCAAGAAUCAAAGACGAAAUCGCCGAUGAAUUGAAGAAAGAAGGUAAAACUUGGAUGGAAAUUAUCGGUGAAGAUAACAAAUAA